AUGGCAGGCCUCCUGAGCCCAGCGGAGGCGCACAUCCAGUCGGCGUGGGCCAUCACUCCGCAAGGAGCGUUGCGAGGACUUGAGUGGCAUUCGACGCUGGCGCGGAGGGCAAAGAGGGGUCAGAGCUUCUGCAGCGUUGUGGCUCGGGCGUCGGGCGACCGCGAGCCGCUGCUGCUGCGCGUGGCCAAAGGAGAAGAGGCUGAGCGAACACCAGUGUGGCUGAUGCGUCAAGCAGGGCGGUACAUGGCAGCGUUCAGGGAAUAUUCCACCAAAUAUCCUUUCAGAAUGCGUUCAGAGACUCCAGAAAUCGCCAUCGAGCUAUCUCUCCAACCUUGGCGAGCAUUCCACCCCGAUGGUGUAAUUAUGUUCAGCGACAUCCUCACACCACUACCAUCACUGGGCAUCGAGUUUGAUGUUGUUUCAGGCAAAGGGCCUGUCAUUGAGACGCCGAUCAGAAGUAUUGAGCAGAUCAAAUCAUUGAACUCCAUGGAUGACCCGGCAACUUCAUUGCCGUUCAUCCAGGAGAUUCUGUCUGCUCUGAGGAGUGAAAUCCAGAAUGAUUCCACCUUGCUCGGUUUCAUUGGGACCCCAUGGACACUGGCUGCUUACGCUAUGGAGGGUACUGCAAACAGAUAUUGCUUGAAAACUAAGACAAUCAUGCACCGAAAUCCCAAAGUGUUGCAUGCUCUUUUGGACCAUUUGACAGAGGCCUUGGUGACCUAUGCUUGCUACCAAAUUGAGUCAGGAGCACAGGUCAUUCAACUAUUCGAUUCGUGGGCACAUCAUUUGACCCCACACCAGUUCGAAGUCUUCAGCUUGCCGUAUGCAGAGAGGGUAAUCAAGGGCGUGGAGGCUGUGCACCCAGAAGUGCCUGUGAUCUUUCAUAUGAAUGGAGGAACUGGGAAGCUUGAAUUGCUGGGUGACAGCUCUGCAAACGUUAUUGGCCUUGAUUCAUGGGUCGAUAUGGGUGCUGCACGAGAUGUGCUGUCUGGCAGGAUGAUCCAGGGAAAUGUGGACCCUGUGGUUCUGUUUGGCACUGAAGAUGCCAUCAGGGAGUCUGUGUCAACAUGUCUGGCCAAGGCAAAAGGAGGUGGACAUAUUCUCAAUGUGGGAAAUGGUGUUAUUCAAGGCACUCCAGAGGAUGCAGUUGCACUGUUUUGUGAGCUUGCGCAUCAAUCUUCGAACAUUCCUGCUGUCGAAAUGAUGGCUGCAUGA